GCGAUAGGAUGACAUUAAGUGAAUUUUCGCUUAGUGAAAAAUACCGUUACAAAACUUCACAAAUCAAAUCUGCCCGAUUUCCAUUUUCGUUUGUUGAAGUUGCAGACUAUUUGGAAAUUUUUGAACUGUUAUAUGCCUUAAUAGAUGGGCUUGAAAGUCAAGCAAAAGAAUUGCAUAAACUAAGGUUAUCUCCUAAUGGUUGUGUACCUAAAGUUCGAGACUGGCUUUGGGUUCCGGACACAAAUGCGUCCUGGACAAGCGAAUCGACAUGA